AUGGGCAUUACUAAUCUACUCUUAGUCUCACUAUUGGCGCUGAUCGUUCGGUGUCGUUGCAAAAAUGCAUGUGUAUCGCCGCUGCUUCUAACACCAUUUCUCGAUACUGGGAACAUUAAGGCAGCUCUGGAACUUAGUGAGGUUAAAGAUCCUGAUGGAGUUAUCCCAAAAAGCUAUUCUGGAUUUCUUACAACUGAUAGAAAAGCCAGGAACCAUUUGUUCUUCUGGUUCUUCCCAAGUCUUAAUGACACCAAAGCACCACUAAUGAUCUGGCUUAACGGGGGCCCAACUAUAUCUUCAAUGUUUGGGUUGUUUUAUGAAAAUGGACCGAUAAGAACGAUAACUCACACAAAUGGCUCAAUUAGUUACGAAAGACGACCAGUCUCGUGGGCUGAUCCCUUCUCUAUGCUUUACAUUGACAACCCCGUUGGCACGGGUUUCAGCUACUCGGAGACCAACAACUCCAAGACAACACAAGAUGGCUACAGCGAAGAGCUGUAUUUGUUUAUUAAACAGUUUUAUCUGAUGUUUCCUGUCUACUACACUAGAGAGCUCUACAUCGGUGGCCAGUCCUAUGCUGGCAAAUACGUUCCCGCUUUCGCUCAUCAAAUACACACCAGAAUUCUGGAAGGAACAUCCAAAAUCCCGCUAACGGGCAUCUAUCUGGGCGGACCAUAUUUCGAUCCUUUAAUCCAGAGCGCGGAAUUCUGCGAGUUUUUCUAUUCGUUUGGCGCCAUAUCUCACACUAGGUUAAUGAGAUGUAAGGAGGAUGUAACAAAGCUUACUAGCAUGUCAAGCGAAGAUAUGGACAAAUUGUCGUAUGAAACGUUAAUGAAUAUGGCUUUUCCGUGGGUUACUGGAAAGUGGAAUAAUAAUUAUGUCACAUCUAUUGAUCCUGAUUAUUCGAGUGUGCACUACUUGAUGAACGCAGAGGCAAUUAAAGGCAUGGUUCAUUCGUGUGGACGGCCCUUCUUGGUCAUUAAUGAAGCGAACAGCGUAGAAAAGUUCAAAUCUGAUUUAUUUAAAAGUACCAAAGGUAAGUUGGCAGAUAUUCUCGAGAAAUACAAAGUGCUUCUGUAUACGGGGGAAUACGAUGGGCUGAUUACAUCGCCGAUGGUGGAAGCAGCACUGAUGACCACUCCUUGGUCACGACUAGAAGAAUACAGCAAAUCAGUCAGGACCCUGUGGACAGUAAAGGAUCAGCUUCGGGGUUUCUAUAGCCAAGUUGGUCACUUCUGUCGAGUGGUCAUCCGUAAGUCUGGUCAUCAGACGCCACACGACCAACCAGAAUCUUCCUUAGACAUGAUGGUCGACUUUGUUCGCCAUGGUUGUAUUCAGCCGUGA